AUGCCGACCCUGCUCCGCUCGCUGUUGCAGAAUCAGCUGAUGGUGCCGGCGGUGGAAGGGACGCGGAACGUGGUGCGGGCGGCCAAGGACGCUGGCGGAGUGCGGCGGGUGGUGGUCACCUUGUCCAUCUCGGCCAUGGUGCCCAGCCCCGGGUGGCCCUCCGGCGAGGUCCUCGACGAGCGUUGUUGGACCGACAUCGACUACUGCGAGAAGAACGGGGUGAGCCUCGCCUACCUGCCAACUCCAGCUGCUUGGGUGCUUCCUUCUCAGUGA